UAUUGUAUUGGCAAAUUAUAGCAAUUGAAACUGUGAUUGGAAUGCUGUGCUAAAACAUACAUAUUAUUGAAACUUAUAUUUAAAGUGAUAAAGGGAAUGUAAAUUACAAAAUGAGUGAAAGUCCAUCGCCAUCUAGACCAGGGGAAGCGGCGUUAAAGAACAUGCAAAUAUUGAAGAGUGAGAGCUCUUUGUUUAAAGUCCCUAAAGUGCCAAAAAGGAAACUCAUAAAAAAAACACAAGUUUUAGAUGAGGAGGAUUAUGUAGAGGGUAUAUCAAAAAUAAUUCAAAGAGAUUUCUUUCCUGAUUUGGAAAAGCUGAAGGCUCAAAAUGACUUUUUGGAAGCUACUGAAAAUAAAGAUUAUGCACGGCUCAGAGAGAUUGCAAGGAAAUACAGUGGUACGAGACCACCCACCGAACCUUAUAAUUCUCCAGCCACAUUUGACACACCUGGUGUAGAUCGACCUCCUUCACCUUCUGACGGUGGUUUGAGAACUCCCGAUGUAAACUUAACAACCAAGGACUCGUGCAACGAUAUCACAGAUAAUCAUAGUUUGGAUUCAUUUCUCGCACAUCACACCAGCGAGGACAAUGCAAGUUACGAUAAAGUUAUAGCUCUCGAGAACAGAAAGAAGGCCGCUAAGCUGGCAUCACAGUUUAACUCGGAAAUAUCUUCGGCAGCAAUCGCUGAUGCUGCACUAGCUUUGCCUUCUAUAGAACAGCAGGCUGAUCAGACAGAGAGACCACAUGAGUUGGACACAUGGCGGUAUCGAGCGAAAAACUAUAUUAUGUAUGUGCCUGAUGGGGCGGAAUCCCAGGUUCCGAGUGCGAAGCCCGAGCUACAGCAUCACAAUACGCGACUUCAAGUUCAACCAUUUGAUUAUGCUAAAAAUAAGGAGACUAUAAGCGCUAUUGCGAGAUCUCAAGAUGCUCACGACAAGGGUAAAAUCGGUGUAGAUGGUGUAAGCAUAUCGGGAGAGAAAACAACUGGGCAGUACGAUUUCGUGGCCACGCCCUCUCCAAGACCUGGUGAUGGCCCUGAUGAAUCUCCCUUGAUGACGUGGGGAGAGAUCGAGGGUACACCCUUUAGAUUGGAUGGUGGUGACACUCCGUUGCCUGCUGUGGGCGCGGGUGCCGCGUACCGUAUCCUCGAGGGGGGAGCUCGUGAGCGGCUCGCGAUGCAGCUCGCGGAGCGCGUGGCGCGCCGCCGCCGGCCCACCACGCCUAGGUGUACUCCUACACCACAGAGUUUCAGAACGAACACGGAGCGGCUAGCAAGCAUGUCACCAGCGGCAAGGAAAUUGGCGGCAAAACACUUACUGUCACCUCGUUUGAAACUCACUCCCAACGAUAUGGGUAUCACACAUACAUUACCCAAAACACCAACACCCCAAAGGCAAUUGGUUGCCACACCUAAUAAAACAUCUACCACAGACAACACAAGCACAGAUAACAAUCUAACAGAUAAUCUAUUACAAAUUAAUGUGGCAAAGAGAACGCGAUUAAAAGCUCAAGACUUCUUCGUUUAGUAAUAAUUAUAUUGUAUUAAAAUUAAUUAAGACGCUUGAUAACUUAUGAUUAAAUGUGAUGAUGAGUCCAAA